UUUAAUGUCGUAGGAGUGAGGAGGCAGCUUCGAUCUCGGGGAGCAUUUUAAUGGUCACUGCAUCAUUUAGUGCAGAUUUCUUGCUUUCUUGAAUGUUGUGGUAGGAGCUUAAUUUCCCUAGUUGAGACUUUGGAGCACAAACCUUUUGAAUGUAACAUUUAAUUUUUGUUGAAGAAAUGCCAACAAACGCCCUCACUCUUCCGCUUUUCUGCGGUCGCCGGUGAGCUUGCCGUCGGCGGACGGGCACUCGGAUCUCUCUUCCUCUCUAUCUCGAUGCAGCCCGAUUCUCCGUAUCGUUCAGAACGAUACGGUGAUGAGAGCAAGCCAGACUCCCGGACAAGCCCUCAUCCGAUUGAAUGCCUUGAUAUCCAAGCACGCACGCUCAGGCCAACACAGGGACGCCCUUCUCCUCUUCCACCAUCUCAACUCCUUCCUCCAACUGAAGCCCGAUCAUUACACCCUUGCCAGCGCCCUCACCGCCUGCGCCAACCUCGCGGACGUCGCCGCAGGGGAACAACUCCAUGCCCACGUCACGGUCGCCGGUUUCCAGCGUUACUUACAAGUGGGCAACACUCUAAUCGCUUUCUACGCUAAAUCCGGUGACCUUCUGUCCGCGCGCCAUGUGUUCGAUGAAAUUCCUUUCCGUGAUGUCUUUUCUUGGACAACUCUCGUUGCUGCCCAUGCUAAGUCUGGUGAUGUUGAAGUUGCCCUUGGACUGUUGGAGGAAAUGCCUCAAAGGAACCUCGUGGCUUGGAAUGGGUUGAUUACGGGCUUUACUCAGAGCGGGCGACCUGAAGUUGCGUUGCAAGUGUUUAAGAGAAUGCGGAAGACGGGCGUGAGUUGUGACCAUUACACCUAUGCUGGUCUGUUGAGCUUGUGUUCUUCCCAAGAAUUUAUUUGUUUAGGGAGGCAAAUUCAUGCUGUGGUGAUACCAACGGGGCUUCUGGCUAGAGCUUCUGUUGUUAAUGCCAUGUUGACUAUGUACUUCGCUUGUGGGAUGCUAGAUGAUGCUUGUGAUAUGUUUGUUGAAUCCGUCGACAUACAUAAUCAAGUAACUUUUAACGCUAUGAUAGCUGGAUUAAUUGGUACGUCAAAGUAUUUGGAAGCCUUGGCUGUGUUCAAGGAGAUGCAAGAAGCAUGUGUAUUACCUACUGAAUCAACUCUUGUUAGUAUUCUUAGCGUGUGCUCUUUUAAGAACAUGUUGAAAUGUGGGAUGCAAGUUCACGGUCAUGUUGUUAAGAUGGGCCUUGAAGAUCAUGUUAUAGUGUGCAAUGCUGCGAUAAACAUGUACUCGAACUGCUUAGACUUGCAAAGUGCACGGAUGUUGUUUGAGAUGUUGAUUAACAGAGAUUUAGUUUCAUGGAACUCCAUGAUUGCAGGAUAUGGGCAGCAGAAGUUCUGGAAGGAAGCCAUGGAGGUGUUCUUGAAGAUGCUGAGGAGUGGAAUAAGGCCAGAUGAGUUCACAUAUGGAAGCAUACUGGCUGGGUUUGUUGGCUUUGAGGCACAAAAAUACGUAGAAAUGGUUCAUGGCUUGGCAUAUAAAGAUGGUCUCAUAUUGAAUUCUCAAGUUUGCAACGCUUUGACUAGUACAUAUGUAAGAUGUGGUGCAAUCGAUGAUUGCUUGAAACUCUUUAGUGACAUGCCUGAGAGAAACUUAAUCUCUUGGAAUGUGAUUAUUUCUGCAUAUGUACAGAAUGGAUUAGUCAUGGAAGCCUGGGAUUGUUUCUACAAGCUGCAGGAAUCCAAGGUUCGUCCUAAUUCCUAUACACUCAGCAUUAUAUUAAGCACGUGUGGGUGUAUCUCGGCUCUUAGACAAGGGCAGCAAGUUCAUGCCUAUAUUCUUAGAUGUGGACUAGAAUGGGAGACGUCGUUGGGGAAUGCCCUCGUUACUAUGUAUGCCAAAUGUGGAUGCUUAAGUUGGUCAAGAGAUGUAUUUUACAGAUUGCGUCAAAAGGACGUCGUCUCUUGGAAUGCCAUGAUUGCUGCUUAUGCCCAACAUGGGGAAGGAGAGGAGGCACUCGGUUGCUUUGAGACAAUGGGACAGUUGGGAAUCCUGUAUGAUCAAGUCACGUUCACUGUCAUUCUCUCUGCUUGUAGUCAUGCAGGUUUAGUUGAUGAUGGCUGUCGUAUUUUCUCCUCUAUGAUUAAGGAUUAUGGCUUGUCGCCCAGCCAAGAUCACUACUCAUGCAUAAUUGAUCUCCUUGGACGAGCUGGAAAUCUUGACGAAGCAAAGAGAUUUAUAAAGGGGAUGCCCUUUGAAGCGGGUUCAUAUAUCUGGUGGGCUCUAUUAAGUGCUUGCAGAGCUCAUGGGGAUGUAAGGUUGGGAGAAAUUGCAAGCAAAUACCUUCUGCAGUUUGAACCAAACAACCCUGCGGUGUAUGUCCUUUUAUCUAAUAUACAUGCAUCAGCAGGGCAGUGGGAAGACGCAGCUCGUGUUAGAGAUCUGAUGAGAGAGAAUGGAGUGGUGAAGGAGCCCGGACGUAGCUGGAUUUGAAUAGGGGGGCCUCUAUUGUGGAAAGCAGCCCCGGCAGUUCUCAUUCACUACCGUCCCCAAAAAAUUCAAUAAUGAAAACGAGCCAUAAUCUAGAACUUCAAUACCAGAAGCUAAAUAGAAUACGGAUAGCUCUGAUUUGUCACCUCUUUACUCUAAUCACGGAAACUAUUAAUUGGAAAGGUUGCAAGAAUUGCUAGCACUAUGAAUGUCGAUACAUGCAAGGGAUAUUGAAUAUGACCAUUAUCGGAUCUCACUAAUGCUCAUGGCAAGAAUAAACUCUAACGCAGCUACUAUCAUCGGUACCAUCAUCCGGAAUAUUCUUAAACUCCUUAAUCAUGAUGAUAUAUUCCCAGCAACGGCGUUUAUCUGUGCCCAUUGUUGUACCAUUUGUAUUUAUUGUUGGAUUCUUUGAACCUUGUAACUCUUGAAUAGUCUUGCCUGUACUAUUCAUGCACCAACAUGAUGGUGGCUCGAUACAAA